GAAAUAGGAAAAAAAAACAUCAGCGAGAGACUACUCAUCUCUCAACAACAAGAACAGUUGGAAAAUAUUUUUAGAAAAAAAUUAGAAAGAAACCCAUCACUUUCCCGCUGGAUCUCUCGUUAACUCUUCUCCGAAACGGAGACGGAUACAAUUUGCCCUAAUUUGUUUCCCGAGUUGGGCAGAUCAGCUUCCUUAAUCUGCAUCCAUGGCUACGGAUGCUUCGGGGACAACACUUAUGGAUCUUAUCACUUCAGAUCCUUCAUCUGCCCCCGCAUCUACGUCAUCAACAACGCCAUCCAUCCUUGGGAAACCGGCUCAGAAGCCAGUGCCAACAGAGAAGAGGUCUAAAAGGGGCACCUUGAUGCAGAUACAAAGCGAUACCAUGGCAGUAGCCAAAGCUUUAAAUCCUGUGAGAACAAAUAUGACAAGCAAACAGAAGAGAAAGCCGGUUUCAUAUGCACAGCUUGCUAGGAGUAUUCACGAACUUGCCGCUUCGUCAGAUCAGAAAAGCUCCCAGAAGCAGUUAGUGCAUCAUGUGUUCCCCAAACUUGCUGUAUAUAACUCAGUGGACCCUUCUGUAGCACCAUCUCUUCUCAUGCUUGAUCAGCAGUGCGAGGACAGAAAUGUUCUACGCUAUGUUUAUUACUACUUGGCGAGGAUUUUAUCAGAUACUGGUUCACAGGGUUUAAGCGCAGGUGGUGGGAUUCCUACACCAAACUGGGAUGCUCUUGCGGACAUUGAUGCUGGUGGUGGGGUUACUAGAGCAGAUGUUGUACCUCGAAUUGUAAAUCAGCUUACGACAGAGUCAUUAAAUGAAGAUGUUGAAUUUCAUGCUCGAAGAAUUGCUGCUUUGAAAGCCCUCACAUACGCACCAUCAAGCAGCACCGAGAUUUUGACCCAAUUAUAUGAAAUUGUGUUUGGUAUCCUUGAGAAGGUUGGUGAUACAAAACAAAAGAGGAAGAAGGGAAUAUUUGGUACAAAAGGUGGUGAUAAAGAGUUUGUUAUACGGAGUAAUCUGCAAUACGCUGCACUCAGUGCUUUGAGAAGACUUCCUCUAGACCCUGGGAAUCCAGCUUUCCUUCACCGUGCUGUACAGGGUGUAUCAUUUGCUGAUCCAGUUGCUGUGAGGCAUGCUCUGGCAAUGAUUUCUGAGUUGGCCACUAAAGAUCCUUAUUCUGUUGCGAUGGCUUUGGGAAAACUUGUUCUCCCUGGAGGGGCUUUGCAGGAUGUUCUCCAUCUGCACGAUGUCCUUGCAAGAGUCUCUCUUGCCAGAUUGUGCCACACCAUAUCUAGAGCUCGUGCGUUAGAUGAGAGACCUGACAUUAAAUCUCAAUUUGCCUCCGUGCUCUACCAACUUCUUCUGGAUCCUAGUGAAAGAGUUUGUUUUGAAGCUAUUCUUUGUGUAUUGGGCAAAUUCGAUAACACGGAGAACACGGAAGAACGUGCUGCUGGAUGGUACCGGUUGACCAGAGAAAUUCUCAAGCUGCCAGAGGCACCGUCUGUGUCAUCAAAGGAUGGUGAGUCCAAAGAUGGUCUCCCACCAAAGCCUGUCAAAGAGAAAGCUUCUCAGAAAACAAGGCGCCCACAGCCUCUUGUAAAACUUGUAAUGAGAAGACUUGAAAGUUCUUUUAGAAGUUUCUCGAGGCCUGUACUUCAUGCUGCAUCAAGAGUUGUGCAGGAGAUGGGGAAGAGUCGGGCUGCUGCAUUUGCAUUAGGCAUCCAAGACAUCGACGAAGGAGCACAUCUGAAUGAAAGUGUAGAGUACAUUGACGAGGAUAUCAAUCCACUAGCUGAAGCUCCCCGGAAGUCUUCUUCAUUAUCCAAUGGGGCAGGAGGCAAGGAUACAAUUGCUAGUUUAUUAGCUUCAUUAAUGGAAGUUGUGCGAACUACUGUAGCAUGCGAGUGUGUUUAUGUUAGAGCAAUGGUGAUAAAAGCAUUGAUCUGGAUGCAAAGUCCAUAUGAAUCUUUUGAAGAACUAGAAUCUAUAAUUGCGUCAGAGCUUUCUGAUCCAGCUUGGCCUGCAACACUCUUGAAUGAUAUCUUGCUCACUUUGCAUGCUCGGUUUAAGGCAACACCAGACAUGGCUGUCACUCUUCUUGAAAUUGCGAGAAUUUUUGCAACGAAAGUUCCCGGAAAGAUUGACGCCGAUGUGUUGCAGUUGCUAUGGAAAACUUGCCUUGUUGGAGCUGGGCCAGAUGGAAAACACACAGCUUUGGAAGCCGUAACGAUAGUUCUUGAUCUUCCACCACCACAACCUGGGUCGCUGUCUGGAAUUACAUCCAUAGACAGGGUUUCUGCGUCUGAUCCUAAGUCGGCUUUAGCAUUACAGAGAUUAGUACUGGCCGCAGUAUGGUUCCUUGGAGAAAACGCAAACUAUGCUGCAUCUGAGUACGCAUGGGAGUCUGCAACCCCUCCUGGAACUGCGCUGAUGAUGCUAGACGCAGAUAAAAUGGUUGCUGCUGCCAGUUCUCGGAAUCCUACUCUAGCUGGUGCGCUGACUCGGCUACAAAGGUGUGCGUCCAGUGGGGGCUGGGAGGUUCGCAUCAUUGCUGCUCAAGCGCUUACAACUAUUGCGAUAAGGUCUGGCGAGCCUUUCAGGUUACAGAUAUAUGAAUUCUUGAAUGCUCUAGCACAAGGUGGGGUGCAAUCUCAAUAUUUAGAUAUGUAUGUAAGUAAUGGCGAAGAUCAAGGGGCGAGUGGUACUGGUCUAGGAUCCUUAAUAAGUCCCAUGAUCAAGGUUCUUGAUGAAAUGUAUAAAGAACAAGAUGAAUUGAGCAAAGAAAUACAUAAUCAUGAUAACACAAAAAAGGAGUGGACAGAUGAGGAACUCAAGAAAUUGUAUGAGACUCAUGAGAAGUUGCUUGAUCUGGUUUCAUUGUUUUGUUAUGUUCCAAGAGCAAAAUAUCUGCCGCUUGGGCCAACAAGUGCGAAGCUUAUUGACAUAUAUCGUACCCGACACAACAUAAGUGCAUCAACUGGUUUGAACGAUCCAGCUGUUGCUACGGGAAUCUCUGAAUUAAUUUAUGAAACUACUAAAGAAGCAGCAAAGGAGCCGGAUGCGCUUGAUGAUGACCUAGUAAACGCGUGGGCUGCAAAUUUAGGCGAUGAUGGUUUGUGGGGAAAGAAUGCACCAGCAAUGAGCAGGGUAAAUGAAUUCCUUGCUGGCGCUGGAACUGAUGCUCCAGAUGUUGAAGAGGAGCAUUAUACCUCUAGGCCAUCAGUUAGCUACGAUGAUAUGUGGGCCAAGACACUUCUAGAACCUUCAGAGAUGGAGGAAGAAGAUGCAAGGUCAUAUUGGUCAUCAUCUCCCGAGUCGACAGGAUCGGUGGAGACUUCUAUAUCAUCUCAUUUUGGUGGCAUGAACUACCCCUCUUUGUUUAGCUCAAAACCAUCAGGAUUGUCGUCGCAGCCCUCGGAUAGGUCAUCAGGACCAGCUGCUAGCAGAUUUAGCAACCCUUCUUACAGUACUCCAUCAAUAUACGAGAGUCCAGUAUCUCCGGUUAGAGAAGACCCUCCAUCAUAUUCAUCAUCAGUUAUGCAGCGAUUCGAGUCGUUUGAGAAUCCUCUGGCGGGACGUGGAGCACAGAGUUUCGGAUCCCAUGAAGAUGAUGAUGAGCCUGCUUCCUCACAAAGUUCACAAUUCGGGAAAGCAUUAUAUGACUUCACUGCCGGUGGUGAUGAUGAGCUAAACCUGACAGCAGGAGAGGAUCUCGAAAUCGAUUAUGAGGUGGACGGUUGGUUCUAUGUGAAGAAGAAAAAACCUGGAAGGGAUGGCAAAAUGUCUGGGUUGGUACCUGUCCUCUACGUCAGCCAAUCUUGACAUUAUCUAUCUAUCUGAUUCUAUAAAUAUUUCAUAAGUUCGAUCCCUCUUGCUUCCACUACCCUUUACCAUGACUCUUCUCAAUUCCCCGUGCUCUCUAGGAUAUAUGUGAUCAUUCAGGAGUUCUAACUGGAGAGCUGUAUCUUGCAGUUUCUUUAGUAAUGAGAAAUAACCUUGAGAGUUAAGAUGAUUUAGUGCCAAAUUCUUUAGGGUGGGCCUUAUCUUUAAAUCCCUUGGUCAAAGAGUAUAAUUGUGUGUAUUAUUUUAGAAAUUAUAGCCAACAACACUUUUCAUGUCGAGAUUAAAGGUAGUUCUUGUGGUAAGUUGAGUUACUGUCGUCCCUGUAUGCUUAGGUGGGGAAAUUUAGUAAGUGGUGAUCAAUGAAUAUAUAGGGCUGAUCACAACCCAGAAGGAAAGAAAGUUGAGGAUAUUUGAGGGUGCAAUUUGGAAUUUGCAGACUGCUAAUUUUGGCGAAUGUAACAUUCUUGUAUUUUGUGUUGGGUUUUUGUUUUUGUUUUUAUUCUUGGUCAUGGGUGUUUUUAUGGUACAUAUUUGUUCUUUUUCAUUUAUAAUCAAUGGUGUUUUUCCUUCGAGGUCCUUUGAACGUGA